UUGCUUAUAUUUCCUUACCUACACAAGAAUUAGGUGGCUAGUCGUGUUUGUUUGUAAAGUGACUGUAGCCUGGAUUUUAGAGUAUAUUCUUCAUUUACAGCUUUAUAAUUCAGUAUCCCGCUCAAUAAGAAGCAAACGAAAUUAUACACCGAAUUUUUAAAGCAGGAGAAGUUUCUUCGUCUGAGGAAACGAGAAAAUUUGCCGUUUUUGCUAGUUACUGCGAUAAGACAACGCGUCAGACAUACUGGAUGGGACAAAACGUGUAAGCCAGUGUAAAUCGAGAGAGAGUCGCGGGUUUAACGACGUCAAUAUUCUGCUUAAUAUAUUGAGCAAAACAGUCAGGUACGCAGUGGGACGAAAAUAAAUAAAUAAAAUAAAAUGGCCAGAAAUAAUCACAAGUGUAGACAAUAGCGCUUUACUGAGACUCCACUUCAUCACCUAUUAAAAUACUGACAAACAUUAUUUAUUAAUUCAGCUGCAAGUCAACAAAUUAACAUAAUUUAUCCAUGAAGUUGGACUGAUGCCGUUAUAUAUGUAUAUAUGUAUAUAUGACAGUCUGUUGCUUUUCUAAACGUUUGUCUUUUUUAAGUUGUGGGCUUCCACAACUGAGUAUCAUUAGAUGAUUGAGUGUUUAAAACGCUGCUGUGGAUUUAAAUAACUGAUUUAAAUAGAACAACAUCCUGUCCAUGGAUUAAAAGUAUGUCCUACAAUAACUGCUUUGGUUUAUGCAUGAAGUAAUAAGAGCUCUGAGAUUUGACAUGCAAAUAAAUGUGACUGUUUUUGUUGUGGAUUAGAGCGUCAUUUCACUGCACAUUUUUGUGGCUCUAUUACACCAGAACCAACUCAGCAUCUCAUUAACAAGCCUGUCAUAAGAAGAACACAAGCAUAUGACUUGAUUGAGAGUCCAUGAUUGAAGAUGAUGCGUAUUCUUUGUGAACGUGACUAUCCUAGAUCAGACAUGCGAGUGUAGAUCAUGGGUGAUCAGAAUCUCAAAGACUUGAAUCCAGACGGUGCGUCUGAUGCAGUCCGAUGCCUUAUCUGCCUUGACAUGUUCAGCGGGCAGCCAGUGGCGAGUCCACAACACUGUGACCACUUCUACUGCCUCGCCUGCAUCACAGAAUGGACCAGGACUACAAAUUCCUGCCCUGUAGAUCGUCGGAAAUUUACUGUCCUUUACCAGAGAAGUUGCGUUGGAAGAGAUAUUGAAAAAAUAAUUAUGGUGGAGCCACGUGAUGGUCAGGGAUUAGAAGUGGAAGAAACAUUUGGAGACGAAAGAAGAGAGCUGAGUGUGUGUGAGGAGUGUGGCAGGAGUGACCGGAGACACUUGAUGCUCCUCUGCUCUGCCUGUGACUCAAGGUUCCACGUAGCUUGUCUGAGUCCACCUUUGGCUGCAGUACCAUUCGAGGAUUGGUUCUGUCAGGAAUGUGCCUCUGACGACAGUCACUUAAGCGACAGUUUCUCUAGAGAUGAGAGUGAAAUAGCUGAGGCUGAAGUGAUGGAUCUGCUAUCUGAAGUUGUCCCAACAUCCAGUCGUCUCAGACUUUCCACUACAGCCCAGCGUGCCGUUUCUGUCCACACCCGCAGGAGUGAGAGAGUUCGACAGCAAAGCAGCAGAACACACACCACUCUGUGUCAGGAUGUCCCCAGAUACCUUCUGAAAUCAAGCUGGUCUAAAACUGAAGAUGCCAUGGCAAGCAAUCUUAUAUUAAACACUCAGAAAGCAGAUAAGAAGGUCACUCGUAAGAAAAGAAGAAGACGGAAAACAGAUAUACUGGAUCCUGUGUGAAGGCACCAAACUGUGUUGUGAUCUAUAU